AUGAAGAAGAAGCAACAUCAACACAACCAAGAUUUAGAAUUAUUGAAAGCAGUUGCACAAGCUUGGUACAAUCACUCCGGAAGUGUUAAACCAUUGAGUGAAUUCGACGCACGCCGAAGAAAUUUCAAAGGUAGGCCUUCAAGGUUUAAGCUUGAAACAUUAACAAAAUCAUCAUCAACAAGUGACACAGGCACUUCAACUUAUUGUGGUGACUUUCAACACUCACUUUGGGAUCCUUAUGAGCUUGUAACAGUUUCAAGAAGGAUUGAAACUGGGUUGGCUUUAGAUAAUCCAUUUGAUGAUUUUUGUGUUUCUACAUCGGUUCAAUUGAAAGGUAAGAGGGAGAGUAAGAAUAGUCUUAGGAAUCUUUUUAAUAAUAUGUCUUCUAGGAGAUUUAAUGUCCCCAAAUUUUCAACUGAAAAAUGA